GUCACAUGGGUUCUUUCUGCUACUUUUUGACUGCGAGUCAGACUGCUGUGCAUUUCGCUUCCUCCCUCCUGCAAGGCCACGGAACCAUGUGUUGGCGGGAUUAAUCUUUGUCCACAAUGUCUCUGCAAAGGUUUCUGCAGCAGGGCAGCAAUGGCAAUUUGGAAUACUGUGCUCACUCUGCCUACGGCUCCUAUUCCGUACUCACAAGCCCGCUCACGCUGGAAGACAACCGAAGGAUUCAAGUGUUGGCAGACACUGUGGCUACUUUGCCCCGGGGACGAAAGCAGCUCGCGUUGGCCAGGUCAAGCUCUCUGGGUGACUCUUUCUGGUCUCAAAGGAAGGUUGUUACUGUGGAAAAGCAAGACAAUGGAACAUUUGGAUUUGAAAUUCAGACCUACAGACUCCAGAACCAGAACACCUGUCCCUCAGAAGUGUGCACUAUGAUCUGCAAAGUGCAGGAAGACAGCCCCGCUCAUUGUGCUGGCCUGCAAGUUGGUGACAUCUUUGCAAAUGUCAAUGGUGUGAGCACAGAAGGCUUUACUCACAAACAAGUGGUUGACCUGAUCCGAUCGUCAGGAAAUCUGCUAACGAUAGAGACUCUCAAUGGAACAAUGAUUCACAGAAGAGCAGAACUUGAAGCAAAGCUGCAGACUUUAAAGCAAACCUUGAAGAAAAAAUGGGUGGAGCUCAGGUCUCUGCACUUACAGGAACAGCGCCUGCUGCAUGGAGACGCAGGAAACUCCCCAAAUUUGGAAAAUAUGGACCUGGAUGAGUCGUCCUUGUUUGGAAAUCUCCUGGGGCCAAGUCCAGCCCUUCUGGACAGGCACCGACUGUCCAGUGAGAGCAGCUGUAAGAGCUGCCUGAGCUCCCUCACAGUGGACAGUGAGGACGGCUACCGGACAAGUGUGUCUGAGGACUCCAUCCGGGGUGCCUUCAGUCGGCAGACCAGCACGGAUGAUGAGUGCUUUCACUCUAAGGAUGGAGAUGAGAUUCUGAGGAAUGCUUCUUCCAGGAGAAACCGGAGCAUCAGUGUCACUAGCAGUGGGUCCUUUUCUCCCUUGUGGGAGAGCAAUUACUCAAGCGUGUUUGGGACUCUGCCCCGGAAAAGCAGACGGGGAAGUGUCCGGAAACAAAUUUUGAAAUUCAUCCCUGGCCUUCAUCGUGCAGUGGAAGAGGAAGAGAGUCGCUUUUGAUGGGCUCCAGAGACCUUUUGAAUCGGCUUGUUUCACAAUUCUCUCUCCACCCGCCAAGAUGAACUCCUGGCUUAGUGGGAAAGUACAGAUAGACUGUGAAGCUCACAUCCCAUUUCACAGCAGCAUUGACCUUUAAGUUCUUAUAUUGUUAUUUUGGGGUCUUAUAUCAAGGUGGUUUUUUUUUUUUCAAUCAGUAGAGCUCAAGUUCUAAGCAGACGUCAGGAGAGGAAAAUAAUAGGUUAAAUAAUGAAAUAAUAUGUCUGUUAAUUCUAAUGCUGGCCAGGAAAGUACAAAAAUAUUUAUUAUACUGACCAUGCAUGUAAAAAGUGGAGAAUUCUUAGAUCAAGUGUGAAUAUGGACUGACAGAAUAUAAUUAUUGGGUUGCUUUUCAUAUGUUAAUUUGAUAGAUUACAAAACCUUAUAUUUGCUUAAUUUACUCAGUAGCUUUUGGGGAGAGUUUUCACAAGAGAGAAUUAAAGUUGUUUUCAAACAUUAAAAAAUCAUAAAGAAUAUGACCAUGAGCAUCUUCUCACUUCAAUAGUGACAGUGAGGCAGGAGAAAGGCAUGGUAUCCGUGCUUCUUGGGACUGGUACCCUACGCCACUCCCCCACUCCAUCUCUAAACAAAAUGAGUGAGACUUUCAUUAUUUUCGCCCAUUUCAAUUUUUAUUUUCUGCCUGACCAUGGAUCCCAAGGCCAGAAAUCUCAGAAGCCUAUAGAUCUGUGGUUGUAUUUUGCUGCAAAUGUCUAAAAUUCUAAAAAUGAGAAUGCGGAAAGAACUUUUCUUCUGUAUGUUUUUCUCCUGCUACACCUCGUUAAACAUUCCACGUAGGUAUCACCUCAGCUUUCAGUUCCUUGUUAGCUGUACUUGUAUUGCAUUCUCACCUUUCAAUAAUGCUCUAUAUUAUUUCAACAUCCUUUAAAACUUUUGUUCUGGGGAUACAGCGGAUCAUUACCUAUAUGCUCAAGUAAAUAGUCUGAACCAUGUGUAAAGAUUUAGGUUGAUUCUAAGCUCUCUCUCUCUCUCCCUUUCUCUCUCUCUCUCUCUCUCUCUCUCUCUCUCUCUCUCUCUCUCUGUGUGUCUGUGUGUGUGUGUGUGUUUUCAACAGAGCUGAAACAUUUAAGUGAAAUUUCUACUUGGUCCAUAGAAAGGAAUUUUGAUUUAAAAAAUGAGGUAAAGUUUAUAGGAUAAUAAGUAGUGUGGGACUGUGAAAGGUAGCUUUGGUCCCCAGUUGAAUUAAGGCUUGAAGCCCUGAGGACUCUGAAGGGACAGGAUGGUAGGCUCUUUGCCUGUUCAUGAGCACCAGGUCCCUCUCACAAGCCUCAGCUCCCCUUAGAUUUGUGGCCAUCAGUCACAGAGUCAAGUAAGGGGAACACCCCAAACCCCUCCACAUGUAGAGGAUGUGACCCAUGGUCAUGGAGGCUUAAGACAGAUCUCCAUUUUAAUAAGGUACCUAGAGGCCUGGAGGGUUUAGCCAAUAAGUUUUCUUUCCCAGAAAAAGUGAGGUAAGGUUUGUAGGAUAAUAAGUAGUAAAAGAUAUCUUGGUGGGAUCUGUUGUCUAUAAACUCUUUGACCUAAGACACUUGCUUAUUUGUAUGUGUUAUGUGGCAUACUUCUCAGGUAUAUCAGCAGUGCUGCCUCCCAAAUAUAGAGUGCCAGGUAGUACAAAAGCCCCUUACAUGUGAUCACACACACGCACACACACACACACACACACACACACACACACACACACACACACAAAGAAAUCAGGGAUAUAGAGCCUGCGAUCACAUGGUUUGUCAGUGUCCUGGUUAGAAAUGGAAGCCAUUUCUUCUUGGAUGUAGCUAAUACUCUUGGCCUCUUUAGAAAUCUUUACUCUUUCGCUGGUUCUGGUGUCUCAUGAAUAGUAAUGACACAGACACACGUGGGAAUAGGACAAACAAAGAAGCUUUGCUGUGGAAAGAUGGGGAAAAGUGACAAAUUAAAGGGGAAACUCCUAAAAAAUGGGAGUGAUUCCCAAGAAUGAAAAAGCCCUGGAAAUGUCUUGUCUACAAGUGGUUUUUUCUUUCUUUCUUUCUUUCUUUCUUUCUUUCUUUUUGUUUAUAGGAUUUACAGCAGAAAUUGACAAAGACUGAGAUCAUUUCUAUUGAGAUUGGUCAGUUUUCUAGUGUAUCAUGUAAUAGAGGAACAACUCACUCUGAGCAUAUCCUUCUGCUUCAACCACGGGAAUGAUCAUGCUCUGUUUGCAUGCUAUCCACUCCACCCAGGGUACUUGGAGAGAUCCAGCUUUGUUCAUCUCUGAGUUCUGUUAGUUAGCUACUGGCCUUGACCUCUGUCUGUUAGCUUUCAUAGUUGAUAUUGUAGGUAUAUUGCUGGAUGCUAGUUAAAUUAUGGUCUCUGUAUCAGAGGGAUAACUCAAUCAAAGCUAUAAAGGUGUAUCUGCAGCUGUCCUUAUUCAUUUUUAGGUCUUUGCUUAUGGGGGCAGUCUCCUUUCUGAACUAGAUGGAAGCUUCUUAUUAGAAGAUGUCCUUACCAAUAAGUUAGUCUAUCACAGUUCAAUCACAAGGAAGACUAUAGGGAGGGACAACUGCCUUGUGUAUGUUCCCCCAGUGCUGCAACCAGCAAGGAAUUGAUCUCACUCGGACACUGGAGUAAAGUAACAACAGAUGUAGGUACAGAAAAGCUGGAUGGAGUAGGUCAUGUGCUUUGAUGAAGACGUACCAGCAUCCAGGAAACUCAGCAUGCUUGUAAAACAGCUUAACAAGGAUAUGGGUUAGCUAAUCUUGGUAAGAGGUCUCUCUGCAGGGGAACAGUAUAAGGCUCCAAGCAUCCCAGAGGAGAAAGCCAUGCCUGAUACUUUCACACACUGUCACCAUCUGUAUUCUGACCAGGGGAAGGCCUUGCCAUUUCUGUGGGUCUGAGACACUGGGAUCUUUUGACAUGGUAGUACUCAUGUCAACAUACACAUCAGCUCUAGACUUUAUCCAUUCCUUAGGACAUUGGCUGUCUGGCCUGCCAGUACUGACCUUGCUAGCUAGAAUCUUUGUUUCCUUGUGUCUAGUCAACAUGGUUGUUUCAUACUCAACUCCCCACUCUCUCCGUCUUCCUUGUCACUUUUGACCAAAUUGUUUUAACCUCAACCUUUAUUUAAACCCCAGUAUCUGUUUUGACCUUCCCUUUGCGAUCAGAAAGUCUUCACCAUGAGCCCCUUUUCCUUCCUCUCUGCAGAGUGAUGGCUCCAGCCUCAACUCCAUGCACUUCUCACUGUAAUACUUUUAACUCACCUGCCAGAAAAUAUUAAAAUAUAAAUUGUAGAGGCAAUAGACAAAUUUCUCAUUGUCUCUGGAGAGUAAGAAACCAAACAUUUAGGGUGAUCCUUUUCUUAGCUUUCAUUAGCAAACUUUCAAAUAUAGUACAUAAGAACUUAAAUGCUACAAUAUAUUACAUUUCCUUAUAAUACAUCAAUUAAUUGUAAUACAUUAAUGUUUCCUUAAGAGUUUGUAAAAUAGUUACCACUGAGCUAGUACAGCAUUUUCUUUUCCUCUUUUAGGACUAUUGUGUUAAAGAUCAGCUUACAUGAAUACAGCAUCUUAAUCUUCCCUCAUGACGUACAGGGAAGAGAUGUGCAUGUAUAUGGGUCAAAGUUUCCCGAAAGUGAGAACCUGUUUCAGAGCCACUUCAGAUCAUCUGGGAAAGCAGAGCAUAGGUCACCAGCCUCUCUUGUGGCUUUAAUGCAGAAAUGCAAACUUCUGCUAGUAAAUGUCAAAUGCAAAGUGGGGACAAGGAAGGGACAGAGCCAGUAUCAAGUUCAUUUGUGUUGAGAAGAAUUAGCAUCAAAAGGUAGAACUGUGUUCUUGGGCUUGGGGGGAGAGGAAGCAAAGCUGGUUAACCAGAGGACAGGAAGGAAGGCUGUGCCAUAGACUUGGUGUUCACACGCAGUUCAAUGGAAGUAUGGGGGGGAGGGGUUUCACACCAUGCUUUAGUCUGCAUCUGACCUGAGUGGGACCUUACAGAACACAGUGGCUUACUUGGAUGUAAUUUAUAGGGAAAAUACCUUAAAAGCCAUCUUACCUUUUUUUUUUUUUUGAAUUCUGAAGUUGUCAGGUAUGUAAUUUUGGUGCAUUGUAUUAAUUGACAAAUUGUCAUGAAAAUAUUGUUUUCUAGAACGGUGUCUGAUAAACCAGUUCUGAGUCAUGCCUAUUCUGAACUGCAUAAUCAUUGAGCUAAAAGAAUAGGACAGGAAACAAGUAGGAGAUAAAAGAUUUUUUUUUCUUUUAGAUUUUGAUGCUUUAUGUGUCUGAGUGCUGUACCUGCAUCCAUGUGUGUUCCGUGUGCUGGUAGAGACCAGAAUGCAUCAGAGUCCUCUAGAACAAGGGUUACAGAUGGUUGUUAGCCUCUGCGUAGAUGGUGGGAACUGAGCCUGGUCCUCUGCAAUGGCAUAACCACUGAGCCAUCCCUCCAGUCCCAAAAACACUUUAAAUAAAAAUAACAACGUUAACUCAAAACAUUCUACUUUUAAUACUUUUCUAUCAUACAUGCAUGACACAAAUGGUAACAGAAAUAUCAAUUUGAGUCAAAGAGACUGAACUUGGUCCUAGUUUAUGUACACUCGUUAUGAAAUGUGUUUCUGCAUGUAGACAAAGUAGAGUAACUAAUAUAUAACUAGACUGAGCCCUUCAGGUCACAAACACUGUUGCUUGUUAUCUAUUUCCAUAUAGAAUUAUGGAUUACCAAAUGAAAGUAUUUAUGUUUUGAAAUAAAGAAUGCUUUUCUUGGGUAUCAGCA